CCUCGCUCCACGCGCCUUCCGCACCGACGACAUUGUCCCUCCACACACCCAACACUACCCUCCGCAAGAGCCACGUCUUCUGCAAACACCCGUUCACUUCCGUUUGGACGCUAUCACAGUCGCAUAAUCCCCGCGACUCUUCUUUGGCAAACGCGCACCGACGCGCACCCCUGCUACCACCGCUAUCGUCUUCGUCGCCUAGCUAAACCGCGUCACCCACCGCCAACGCUACAUACUCAAGCUCUUUGACACCACAAUUCCCGCGUGUCAGAGUUGGAUUGCACAAAGCAAAUUUCUUCUCGACCACACGCCAUCUUUCCGACCAGGCACAGCCUCUGCAUCUUUCUGAUUGUCGCACACUGCUUAGGCCAAUUGCGCCUGAGGCAGAAUGGAUCCACAAGCAAUGCACUACCUACCGUCGCAAGACUCAUUGAUGCCUACCACCGAGAAUGCGCAACCUGAAACACCACCAAAGCUUUGUUCUCCGUCGCCCGCUGAGUCGGCAGCACUUGCCAUGUCAAAACUCGCGUCCCCAGAUCAAGUCAAAUUCACCUCCCCCGCACCCCGGACUACGUCCUCUAUGACCCCUCCACCCUCUUCUCAGAUUCCUGGUACUCGUGCAGCCAUGAGGACGCCUACUCCUCCAACUCCGCAGCUCACAUCUCCCCCACCAACCAGCAAGUUGCCCAACCAGCCGUCUGCCUUGACAGACAUGGGUGCAGGUCUCUACCCACAAGACCAGGUCAACAGUGCCUCCGCCGAGGAGCUGAGAACCAUGGUCAACAACAUCUCUAACGCCUUGCGCGACAUGCGGCUCUCCGCAGCGCACUACAAACUUCAGUACAAUAUGGCUGUAAUGGAGAGCCAGGAGUCUGCAAGUCGAAUGGCUGUCGAGCUAGCUAUGGCUCAGCGAGAGCUUGACGUUCUACAACAAGCUGAAGAGAAACGCCGAAACAACAUGGUGACCCCAGAACAAACCUACCAAGAGUCGGCAAACGCAGCCAACACAGUUCUGCUAUCAGAAAUGAGCCGCCAGAAUCAGAUGUUGCAGAGCGAAAAUGAGGAGCUUCGCGAUAUGCUUGAGCAGCAAAAGCGUGUCACCGAGCACCGAGAAGGCGAGCUUGCUAGCGUCCUGGAUGAAAAUGAUCGACUCAAGACGAGGAUUCGCAAGAACCGCGAUCACAUCGCACCCCUUCUUGAGCAGAUCGAGCAAUCCUCGCCACGAUCAAACUACGGAACCCCACAUCAGCCAACUCCCAGAAACGUCCUCAACAGAGUGCCACACCUCUCCGAGGAAAGCAGAGGUCAAAACAACUUCGAAGCUCUUCUAUUAGCCGACAAGAUGCUGAGCCAGGAGGUAGCUACUGCUCCCACAACGCCCAUCAGGCAACAUGCACCCCGAUCACGUUUCAGUCACCAGCGAGGCGCACAGUCCAUGUCCUCGCUGCCACAAACACCAAACAGAAGAGCUGCGUUCCCCCGCGCCGAAGUGCCCCGCACACCGCCACUUUUUGUCCCAACCAACAUUCCACAAUCAGCUCCCCCAGCGCACUACCAGGCCAAGCCAUCAAACACGCGUCGUCAAAGCAGCAACUCGACCAUUACCGCGUCCAGUGCCGAUGAAGAGGAAGCCUUCACUGACCGUGAAGAAGAUGAGGUGCCCGAGUCCCAAGCCAGCCAGAUGGCAAGAAGUCUCCUGCAAAGAGCACCACCUGCCAAGGGCAUGAUGUCCGCUCCACCACUAGCUCAACCAGCGAACCUCGUGCAAACUAAAAUCUUCGGCCAAGUCAAGAAAGGCUCCGGCCUCACCCGUGCAGGCGAAUUAAAGCGCGGUCGCAUGCCUUCGACAGCGGAUCUCCGCACUCAAACAAGUCCGCCCAAGCGCGGACGGCUCGAUCAAGGUGUAGGUCUUGGCAUUGGCGGCUUGUUGCGCGAGUAGAGAGAACUUGUUCCUGACCAUGUGCGGCAGGGAGUUUAUCAAGCUUACUAAGUUUACGACGUUUAUGAUUCUGGCGAACCACUUCAAUGAGCGGCGAUGAUUUGCUUUUUCUUUUCUGUUUAAGGUUUGGAUACCCUUCUGGCAAAUGCCAUUUGAGCACGGCGCUAGCUAGCUGUCGACUUUGAGGUCGGCAGACAUUUUAUGAUUAUUCAUGGAUAGUGGUAGAGAUUUUUGGUUACACCACGAAUGGUGAUGUGAUGAUAGUGUUGGAUAUUGGUUAGAUCUAACUCAAUGUAUAUGCGCAUUAUCCGCUCAUGUGAAUGAUUGGAAAA